AUGGAAAGGCGAGGUCCUAGUCAUUUAGGCCCUUACGGACUUGCUUGCACGAACUGCUUCAAAGCCAAGUGCAAAUGCGUCGCCCGCCCCGACGGUGAAGGUUGUCAACGCUGCCACCGCCUUCACAAACAAUGUCGUCCGUCUGAUUCUAUCCGGAGGCGCACCAUCGACAAGACACAAAACUCAGCAUCCCGCAUUGCCGACCUAGAGGGGGAAGAAUCCGCACAGCAAUUUUAUACCUCAGAGCUGGAAGCGCAAGACGGCGGACACCCCGAAGACGACGACGACUAUGAUGGUGAUUAUGAUGACAAUCCCCGACUCGCUCACCAAGGUGGUGCCCUCAAAGCCGUGGCCGCAUCGGACUCCCCGGAACCACAGGUCUCCGACAGAGAAGCCGAGACUCUGAUCGGCACGUUCCGAUCUUGCAUGCUGUCUCACUUUCCAUUUGUCCACCUGCCCGCCACCCUUAGCGCCCACCAACUUCGGUGCGAUAGACCGUUCCUUUUCCGUGCUAUCAUGUGCGUCGCGUCGCCCUCGGCGAAGGAGAAGGCGACGCGAGGGACAGCGCUGAAGGCAGCAAUAAUCAAGGACAUGCUGGGACGCGACACUCAGUCGAGCACGAGUCGAAUCGACCUGCUACUAGCGCUCUUAACGUACAUCUCCUGGGGCUGGGACCACGUCCUAAACGGGGGCAGCUUGCUACGGCUCAUGUCGCAAGCAAACUUGCUGGCUUCUGAGAUACGGGUGGACGGGCCACCUGGCCCGGACGCGCACAUCAUGGCCCUAUUCACCCCUGGGUUCGGCUCGUCUGAUGAUGGGGGACCUAUGACGAGAGAGGACUUCCUGGCGCAGCAGCGCGCCGUUCUGGCAUGCUUUGCGUUGAGCUCUGUUGUCUCGGCGUACUGCGGACAAGCAAUAGAUGAACUGCGAUGGACACCACAGAUGGACGACGGACUGGCCGCCAUAAGCAACGACCGAAGCUGCCCAACCGACUCCACCCUCGCCAUCCAGGUCCGCCUGCAACUGCUCGCGCAGAAAUCCGUCCAAAUCCACCAACACCAACAGCUCGAACAAGGCCAAGUCCCAGUGACAGAACUAGCCAACUUCCAAGCCAUCAUCGCCCUCACCACCCUGCAAACCCAGCGCCAGGAAAUCCAAACCUCCCUCUCCCCCACCCUUCCCGAGCGCGACCUGCUCACCGCCCAUAUCCACGCCGCCGAGCUCAGCAUCAGCGAAGUGACCCACGCCGUCAGCGCCAUGGUGCCCAUCAUGAUCACGCAGUUCUCGCGCAUGGCCGGCACGCGGGACGUCGUCCUCGGCGACGGCAGCACCGGCACCCACACCAGCACCGGCAGCGGCACGGACAGUGGCGGCGGAAGCGGCACCGACACCACGGCGUCGGCGCGCCACGAGCGCGUCGCCUACCUCUGGCAGUGCGUGCGCGCCGUGCAGGCCUGCUCCGCCGCCCUACUGACGCCGGCCCCGGCGCGCUUCCGGGGGAUUUCCUUGGUGCAGUGGGCGCAGCUCGCGCAUUGCGCGGUGGCCCUGCAUCGGCUGACGGUUACGUGUGAUGAUGCAGCCUGGGACAGGGCGGCGGUGCGCGAGGUGGUGGAUUUGUCGGGCUUGUUGGGGCGCGUGGCGGCUAAGUUGGAGUUGGCUGCUAUGGCUGGUGGUGCUGGGCUGCAGGGGCGGGGGCCUGAUGAGGUGUUUACUCGGCUGGCGAGGACCAUACGUGCCUUUUCUUUGGGUGGGAGCCCUGGUCCUGUGGCUGGGGGUUUGGGCUAUUUGCAUGCUCGUCCAUUUUGA